AAACAUAUGAUAUCAAAUAUUUGAAUCGAAUCGAAUCGAAUUGAAUUUAAGUCAUAAAAGGAGGAAAAAGAUUCUAACUUUGGAAAAUUGGAAAAAAAGAAGGGAAAAGAGCAAAAAGCAAAUGAACAAUGGACAGUCUUACUAGUCAUCAGCUACAUUGUCUUCUGUGAAAAUUCUGCCUGAUUAUCGCCGGCGACAGCCGAAAUAAACAAUCACCAUUUUCCUCCGUUCUAUAAUUUUUAAAAUCCUAGUGCUGAGCUCUGUUUUGCAAAACUUCCUCUCCUUCAGUUCUCUUAGCUUUCUCAUCGUCCACGACGGCGAUGGUUCCCUGUGGCCUCACUCUUUCUCUGAAACCUCCUACCCUUUGUACUCGUAUCAGUUUUAAUGGCGGACACAUUUCAGCUUUCGGCCUCCAAGCUCCAAUUCUUGAAACCCCAGUUCAAAUGAAGGGGACUCGUGUUUGUUCUUUCCGCCAUAACCAUCGAUUGGAGUUUAAUGAUGUGGGUCGGCGUCAAAUGCAAUGUGGGUCGCUGAGAUUUACGGAUUUUCGGAUUUCAGCAUCCUCUGGUGAUGGCUCUGGCGAUGGGUUUGGGUCUGGAGCUGGCGAUGGUGGAUAUGGAGGUUAUGGUCAUGAAAAUUCUGGAGGCGGUGAAGGGGAUAGUGGCAAAAGCGGGAAUAACUGGUCCUUCUUGUCUUGGUAUUUGACUCUUCUUGCAAAAUACCCUGCUUUGGUGAAAUCUAUAACAUCUGGGAUACUAAAUGCUCUGGGAGAUUUAAUAUGCCAGAUUGUUUUUGAAGAAGCACCAUCAGCAGACCUGAGAAGAACGUUCAGAUUUUCUCUUUUGGGGCUUGUGUUAGUCGGUCCCGCAUUGCAUUUCUGGUACUUGUAUCUUAGUCAGUUGGUGACCUUGCCAGGGGCCUCAGGUGCAUUCGUCCGUCUUCUUCUCGAUCAGUUCAUUUUUACUCCGGUAUUCCUUGGGGUCUUUCUAAGUGGAUUAGUAACACUAGAAGGGCGGCCAUCAAAUGUUAUUCCUAAGCUUCAACAGGAGUGGUUUUCUUCUGUUGUGGCUAAUUGGAAACUCUGGAUACCUUUCCAGUUUCUCAAUUUCAGAUUUGUUCCGCAGCAAUUCCAGGUCCUUGCAGCUAAUAUCCUUGCCUUGGCAUGGAAUGUCAUCCUCUCCUUUAAAGCACACAAAGAGAUCAUUACCCGAUAGAUUAUGUUAUCCGAGGUAGUUCAAAUAACAAUUUUGAUGAAAUAUUAGUUCUUAGUCUCAGCCUCUAAAAAUAUUAUUGAGUUUUGGAACAAAAUUGUGACACAGGCGUGCGAAAUCAAGGUCAAAUGUUAAUUAUUUUGAUUA